AAGCCAAUUUAACCCCGGAGAUUGAAGAGUCAUUUGAUAGAGGGGGGCAAAUCAUAUAGCCAUUGCAAAGCAACUUAUGAAGCUUGUUCCGUCCCUUUUGCUUAUUCAUAUGCUACAUGACACAAUGAUCUUCUAUGAGACCUCUAAUGGUAGCUGGCUAGCUGCAAAAAAAAAAAAAAAAGCUUUACUAUUUCUAUUAAUUCCUCUCGCUAUCAAGUCAAGGGAUGAACAAAAAUGAAGCUCCCUUCGUCUUGGCUCCCAUGAUCGUCUUUUCUUUCUCUUUUUGCCCUGACGCUUAGCCCGCUGUGAUCUUCAGUUCUUCACGAUCCAAGGAGCGCCGAUUUCUCGUCCAGAUUGAGCAAGUAUUUGAGAACUUGGGGUCGAUGCUGGUAGGAAAAAAAAAAUCACACCAUAUGCUGGAUAAGCUUCGAGCAGCGUACCUCUCUUCAUGAUUCGUCGGCUCUUUUGCACUUCUUCCCCCCACACCAAUCUUCACCAGCGUUAUUUUCUUUCAAUUCCUCACAGAAACUUCCAGAAUGCUUGCACCCUCGCGGUUCCUACACUCAGUUCGCUUAGCGAAACUUGCUCCGCUGAAAGAUUUCAGAAUAUCAAAUCAUUCCAGCGAUUUUCUCCUCUGUACUCCCAAAUGGCUCAUUUUCGGAGGCGCCUAUCGGUUUCCAUUCCGGCGGUUGACAAAGCCGGUCGGUCUGAGCUGCUUCGUUCUCUCGAAUCAUCUCUAGGUUCUUCGUUUAGCUCAGACUCGCUCCUCCCGAAUCCUAACCCUUUGAUUAUAGUCAUUAGCGGGCCCAGUGGGGUUGGUAAAUACGCUGUGAUCAAGAAGCUAAAGGAAACUCGAGAGGAUCUUCACUUCGUGAUCACUGCAACGAGCCGAGCGAAACGAGCCGGUGAAAUGGAUGGAAAAGACUACUACUUCGUGACCAAGGAGGAGUUUCUUUCCAUGGUUGAGCGAGGCGAGCUUAUGGAGUACGCACUUGUGUAUGGGGAUUAUAAGGGUGUACCAAAGCAGCAAAUUAGAGAUUAUGUGGGUAAAGGGUAUGAUAUUGUGUUGAGGGUUGAUAUUCAGGGGGCUCAAACAUUGAGGAGAGCUCUUGGUAAUUCGGCGGUUUUCAUAUUUCUUGUGGCUGAAAAUGAAAUGUCAAUGGUCGAGAGGUUGGUAGAUAGAAAGACGGAAACUGCAGAAUCGCUGCUUGUAAGGGUUGCCUCGGCUAGGGAGGAGGUGAAACAUGUUAAAAGGUUUGAUUACGUAGUUGUGAAUGCAAAAGGGAAGCUUGAGAAUGCAGUGAAACAAGUGGAGUCCAUUAUUGAUGCAGAGAAAGCUAAGGUGUGGCCAGGGAAUGCUGGAAGAUAGUUAAGGUCUUCUGCAGGAAUAAGCUUGCGUUGCUCUAAGCCCUUUCUCUAGUAUUUCUACACAUUUUUCUUUGCCCGCUCUUGUUCCAUAACUGGAAAUUCCUACUUCUUUCCGUAUUCUAUAAUACGAGUCUUAUUCAUCUGCCGUUUUUGCCUCAUACUAAAUCCUUGGUCUUGGGAAGUAAGCCAAGCACAAGGUAAGUUGAGAUCACGGAUGUAUGAACAGAUUAUAGGGAUGACACUUUUCUUUUUUGAGUGAAUGGGGAUGAACAUUUUAGGUCUAUUUAACUACGUAAAUGGACCAUACUUUGUAUUGCAGGAAAAGAUCACUGUAGUUGGGUCCGAGUUCUCUAAUCUUCAUGGCGUGCACCUUGUUCAUUGAGUCUGUAUUCUAUAGGCUGUAACAUUCUUCUCUUCGGGGUUUCUGCCGCUUAAUCAAAAUCGGUGACUUCCAAUUGAGCCAAUCUGUUUGCUCUGUCUUGACUUAGAUUUAAUCUAGAAUGAAAAGUUUUCAUUCCAUCU